AUGGAAGAUAUUAUUAAAGAAGCUGAUAAGUUAGUUGCACAAGGUCAAUUUCACAAAGUUUAUCAUUAUCUCAAAGCUUCAUUGAAAAAUUACGAUGAUGUUGAAUUAUUAUGGAGAUUUGCUCAAGCAUGUUAUCUUUGUGUUUAUUAUGUCACAAAUAAACCAAGUAAAGCAUUCUGUGAAACAUAUUUCUCAGAGGGGAUGAAUGCAGCUAAAAAGGCUAUGGAGAAAAACCCUAAUCAUGCUAAUUCCUUAACGUGGUAUGGUAUCUUAUGGGAUGAACACAGUAAUUUGAAAGGUUUCUCAGAAAGAUUCAAGAAUGUCUCACAGUUAUAUGACAUAUGGAUUAAAUCACAAAAACUUGAUCCGAAUAACUUUUUAACUGAGGGUAGUUUAGGCAUAUGGUAUUUUAUUAUGACAGAUGUAUACAGUACAAAACCAGAACUUUUUAAAGGUACAAAGUAUACUGGGAAGGAAUUCUCUUAUGAAUUGGCAUUAAAACAUAUGCUGAAAUGUGAAGAAUUGGCUCCUAUGAGAUCUGUAAUAACACUGGCACAUUUGGCUAAAUGUUAUGCACGACUAGGAGAAAAAGACAAAGCGAAAGAUUAUGCUCUUAAAGUACUUAAUUAUCCUGCACAUCAUGUCGAAGCCGAUGAGGCUAGGAAAGAAGUUGAGGAAUUAUUUCAAACACUUAAAUGA